AUGUGGUCUCCGGCUGGGCCAUCAUGGCUAGCUGAGCAUCAACCUCCUCAAAUCACUGCUGCAGUGAGCAGUACUCACCUGACACAAGCAUCUAAUGACUAUAGCCCUCCUACUAAAUGGCCCCGGGCUACAACGCCGGUCAACGCUCGUACAACGGACUCUUUCCUGCUAGGCACCUCUGCUGAUUCUGGCGUCUAUAUGAAUCUGACUUUUAACAGUCCUCCAAUUGUUAAUAAGGUAAGUGAUUCGAUCUUGUACUGUGCUAACAUAGUGCUUCAACUCCUACGUUUUUGA